GACAUUCAUCUUUAUUUACAAACCUAUCCAAACAUUUGCAAAUUCUUUUGGACUUUAAUAUCAACUACAACCAAAAGGAACCUUGAAGGAACUUUGAAACUCAUACUCCACCAGACACUAAAGGUAUGAGUAAUAAGACAAAAAAAUAAAAACAAACAUCUGUAUUUAAAUACAGUUGUAUUUACCACACAUUAAACACCAUGAAAAACUUUAAUGAUGCUGGAGCAGCAAAGGAAACAGGAGGUGUGGUCUUUACCCUCUCUCUCUCUCUGUGUCUCUUCCUCUCUUAUCCAGCUGUUUAUAAGCAGCUGCUGGCGGCACAAGCGUCCACUCUCAAACAUGAAUCCGGUGAAAGAACUGCUGCUGAUGCUGGUGCUGCUUCUUUUGGUCAGCGCUCGCUGUGAGCUGAGGAGGCUGGACCCAGAUGUGGAGGAGGACGAGGAGGAGAAAAUGCUCGGAACAGAAGCAGGAGCUCAGCAGGAGGAGACAGCAGCGUCCUCUGCGGAGGGAGUAAAGCCGAAAUUCAGAAGAGGGAACUGGUGUGCAUAUGUGCAGAAGCAUGUCGUCACCAGGUCAGUGAAGUGUGCAGUAGAAAGGUAUUCAAUCAAAUCCCAGACUCCAUGUUCUAGUGGAAAUCCAAACUGUGAGAUGAUCAUGUACAAACUGUCCAAACGUCCUUUAUACACUGUGGAACAAAAGACAGUAACAGAUCUUCAGUGGCGUUGCUGUCCUGGUCACUCAGGAGACAACUGUGAGGUCACAGCUUCUGAUUCUCAGUCGGUUACUGAAAGCACAAGCCAAGGACCUGAACCUGGAGGAGCACCAAUCCAUAGUCCAGAUGUGCAAGAUGAGCAGAAGAAAAACCAGGAGCAGAAUGACGCCCAGAGCUACCAUUAUAUAUCACAACCACCUGCUAACCUGUACAACAAUCAAUAUGUUCACCAGCAACCAAGUCAACAUCUGGUAAUCUCUAACCCAGGAGCCGCUGACGUCCUCCUCGUCCCUCACAUAAUGGACCUGGUGAAGUCGCAGCUUCAGCCGGUCCUACAGGGUUUCAACAGUUCUCUGGAGCGCCUGAGUCGACAGGUAGAGGACCUGAGUCGUGACGUGGCCCAGCUGAACAGCAGCCAAAAGCUUCAGGCAUUUUCUGGGACGGCAGAGAUGACAGAGAGUGACGAUGCGGUAGAGGAGCGGUUGGACACCAAACUGGAUGAAGUGUAUGACCAAAUCCAGGAGGUGCGGGAGCAGAUGAGGAGUCAGAUCACAAACAUGGAGAACAGGCUCCACUCACAGCACGCGAUGCUGCACUACAACCUCACCAGCUUCAAGAUAGACAUGGACAUGAAGUUGAAACACCAGCACAAGGUGCUGCAGGUCAGUCUGCAGGCCAUGAACAGCACUCUGUCCGAGCUGAAACUGGACCAACGUGAGACCACACGGGUGGAGCCGGUAGACCACCUACAACCUCCGUCUCAGCAACACGCUGAUGUGUCCCCACUGUGGCAGGCCAUUAAACGCUUGGACGACAUGGUAGUCAACAACACAGUCAAGGUGGACGGGCUGAUGGAGGACGUGGACGUGACCUCUGGGGAAGCCCAGCAGCUGAGGUUUGACUUGAAAGACCUGGAGAAGCUGAUCAACAACACCGCCCGUCGCAGUCAGAUCCUGUUCAUGGAGACGGGGCUUGAGGUGGAGGAAGGCAAGGUCUCGGUGCUGAGGGAGGUUGAGGAGCUCUCGAGGAACAUAAGUGUGCACGCCAAGCUGCUGCAGGAACUGGACGUGGACAUGGAGUACCUGUACAGCACCCUUUACCAGAACCGCUCCACUGCCAACUGCAACUGCAAGAGCCUGACCCUCUCUCUCAGCAGACUGGAGAUGGUCGUGGCCAAUGUGUCAGCCCAGGCCAAUGAGAACAGUUUAGCCUUGGAAGACGGGAAGCCCUGGGCCAACGACUGGGAGCCAACCAUGGCGGUGUUACAGCACAACAUGCAGCAGGUGAAGAAGUCACUGGACUUGGAGCAGACCAAGACCAGCAGUCUGGACCAGAGCCUGUCCCAGCUGAACAAGUCAGUGAUCGCGGUCCAAGCUGUUGUCCGUGGCCUGGAGAAAAGAGACCGGCAGGUCAGGGAGGAGAUGCAGCUUCUCUCCGGCUCCUUCAACUCUCUGCUACAAGACACCAGCCGUCACAACGACGUGCUGGAGCUUCUGCUGAGCGAGGAGGUGCAGGAGUUCCUAGAGUGGCCUGUCCAGGACCAAGAAGGAAACUCCAUCCCAGCCCUGAAGGAAGAGCUGAGAAACCUGCAGGAACAGCUGAACAGCAGAGCAGACGAUCCCUCCUCUGUCUUCUUCUCUGAUGAUGGGAGGAGCAGCACUGGAGGAGCUGUCAGGGAGCACCAGCGUCUCCACAACACCGACAGGACACAUUUAGAUGAAGAUGGUAGUGACCUGUGGAACCUGGAGAAACUGGUGGAGGAGCUGAGGCUCAAAGUUCACAAGUUGGAGGAGAAAUCCUGCUCCUGUCCCAACUCUUCCAGUGGAAAGGACGUAGAGUCUGACGGUGCGGACAAGAAACUGCAGGCGGAGGUGAUGUGGCUGAAGAGAGACCUGGAGGAGCAUCUGAGGACGUUCAAGAAUGUCUUCAGCAAUGCUGACAUGCUGGCAAGUUCAGACGCUACAGUGGAGCUCGAUAAGCUGUGGAUGCUGCUGAAGAACCGAGGUGGGAAGAAGGACAAGAGACAGAGAGGAGAGAGGGAGGGCCCGGGGUCUGUGAGGGACGGGUCAAAACCAGGUGAAGAAGGGAAGCUGAGAAGCAGGAGGGAUACAGGUGGCGCUUCUUUGCCAUUUGGUCUCCCGAAUGACUCCCUGAUGUUUGUGGCUUCUUUGAGCCUCUCAGAUGAUGUUGUGUUUUAUGAAUCGUCUCUGAAUCGUGGAUAUUUCCAUCCUGACACUGGUGCCCUCACUGCUCCAGUUGACGGGCUGUACCUCUUCAUCCUCACCUUGGAAUUAAGGCCUGGUCCUGCCACGGUGAUUCUGAGGAAGACGGCGAGUGGAGCUGCUUUCCUGCUACACAAACAGAAUGUGGCUGCAGCAGAGACCAGACCAACCACAGGUUUAGGUCUCCUGAGGUUGAAAGAAGGGGAGCAGGUGAUGCUGGAACUGAGAGGAAGAGCAAGUCUUGCAUCACAGGACAAUGUGUUCACUGGGUUGUUACUACAUUCGGCCACCUGAGGACACUGCCCACAGGAAGAAAAAUAUAAUUUGGUUCCAAAUGUACUUUACAAGACUUUCCAAAUGUACUUUACAGAAAUGUGACAACACUGACAUUAACAGCAGACAAGCUCAGCAGCAGCUAAGCAAUACAUGUGCAGAUUGGCAGUUCAAAUAUGACAGCAUUACUUAGUCUAAAGAACUAAGUUUUUCUAUUUGUUGUCAGUGUUGUGUCACGUGGCUGAGAGGGAGGGCCAAUGAUUGUAAACUCAACAGAACAAAUGGCAAGUUGCAAUAAUGUUUUUAAAUCUGGACACUCAGACAUACAGUAUGUAUCUGUGGCUAAAGUGUUGUUUUUAAAUUGAUGAUAUGAUUUUUUUUUCUUCUGCAAAAUAAAGUUGACUGUCAGACAGGAUCAACUGUCAGUCAGCUGAUCUGGUCUAAUAAUGUUAGUGUUAAACGUUAUGAAUGCUGCAAUAAAAUAUUACAUUAAGAAA